AUGGCCGCUCGAGUCAGCAUGAUCACCUCCAAAGCCUCCUCCUUUUCACCUUUAUCCUUGUCUCUCCGACUCUCCACCACGCUUUACCUUGACCUUUCUCCGUCUCCAACUGGCUGCACGGGAGUGCUACAAGCUUUUUCUCGAGCAAUCAAGAACUCGCCUCUUGCAAGCCGUUACUUUUCAUGGUCUCGCUUGUCUACAUCCAUUGGAGUGGCAAUAACAGCUGCCUCCCGGCUCCCACAGGUAGCUGCGAUACACCCUCCCAUUCUUACAGCUCAACGACCAUCCAUCAGGGUACCAUGGCCCCAGCUUUUCCGGGCCCGGGGAUACUACUACGACGAUCGAGAAAUGCAUCAGAAGUUGUGUGGUCUGAGGAGAAUGUUGGCGAUGGAAGCUUACAUUCAGCGUGCUCGGCGGCUAGACCUCACGCGCCCCGAGGAUGUUACGUUCCUCACCGAUCCAGGCUACUUCACCAACCGCAGCAGUGGGAACUACCGCGAGAUAUACACGUGCAACCCGGUGCCGUUGUUCCCGACGCGAGUUCCAUUUCUGGAUAGGGACAAGUAUUAUUACUGUCUCGCUACCCGAAGGAUGAUUUGGGGACCGCCAGUGGGAAUAUGGGCGGACGAGGGCAUCCAAGGAGAGUGGAUUUACCGUCUCUAUGACCAACACAAGGACAUGAAUGCUCAUGGUGGCAAGGUCAAACCGCGGCCGAGGGUCGUUCAGAAAGGCCGGGAGAACGAGCUUAUUGCUCUCCCUGAACACGUCGUUGUGUUAGGCGAUCUAGUCUUAGCCUCCCCGAUUGGCAAGGAUUUCUCUAUUAGCCCCGCACAAGGGCUAGCUAGAGAGGACUGGUCUGACCAAACCCUAGAACUCACGGGAUAUCUUGUCGCCCUGGACUUCUUGAAUCCACAGCUCCCGCUUUGGAUUGUUCGCGAAGAUCAAUACGACGAUUUGGAUUUUUGGCACUACGACGAGUACACAAACCAAAUCUUGUGGAGGUACAGCCAGAGGAAACGCGACACGGCGAUGCUAUUUGACGGCAACCUGAGCUUGCAACUGGAAGAAGAAGACGAGUCUCGGCGAUCGUCAACAACGGUGGAUGGCGACAGCAAGGGCGAAUUUUAUGGCGCUGCCUGCAUCAUGGCCUCUUUCCGCCAUCUCGGCCAGCCACAAGCCAAUUACCAAGAGGCUGUGAAUUUAGUGGCCAAGUCUGCGCAGGCCCUGAGGCCCUACUUGGACUACAUCAACACUCAUGAGCUUCUGCCACUGAGACAGGGACAAGACCAAGCUCAAGAAAAGGAGCUUUGA